CCAAUUUCCCUCCACUGCAUAAUUGCAAAGAAUUUAUUUGUUCAAAAGGAGCCGUAAAUAAAUUUCUAACCCUAACACCGCCCUGCUUGUGAUCUUGCACCACCGCUGCUUGGUUGUACCGGGGUUGCUUCUGAUUAGCCACCGGCGCGCUUCUUGUCUUGUUUUAACGCUGUUACUGCUUCUUGCUGGAGUUUUGCUGCUGCCUUGGCGCUGCUACUGAGUAUCAGUUUGACCGGUUCAAACCCAUUCAGAUCAUCAAAAGCAUUCAAACCCAGUCUAACCAGGUUUUCUGAUUCUUGGCGAAUACUGAAAUGAAUUAAGAUAAUUGCAGAGUAGAGGACCUGGUAGAGAAAAAAAUCUACCGACUGUUUGACAACUACAGUUAGAUCUGGAUAUUGAGGGGUCGGGACCUCGACACGGCCGAUCUCGUUGUGUGAACGCCUCAGCACGACGCCAGAGACAGCAGAUAGAGACUAGUACUGUUGAGAGACCUGGUGGGAUAGAUGAGAUUUGGAGUGAUAUGUUGAUGGAUGAUGAUCUGGACAGUUCGGAGGAGUCAGGACGCCUCAUAGUUUCUCGACGGAGGCAGGGGAGAGAUGGACGGUUUGUUGCUGAAUCGUCAUCACGUUCGAGCAAACGACAUGAAACAGAUGCUGCUGAUGUUUGGACUGUUAGUGGGCCAGUGCCAGGUGGACCUCAUGACGGCAGUGUGAUUCCCAGUUUUCUUGGACAUAUUGCUUUGGGGAUAUGGAAAGGGGAGGACAGAGGCAUACUGAAGUGCCAGAAUAGACAUACAGCUUGUAGGAAGCUGAAAGAGUGGUAUACGAGUACCUCAGACGAGGUUAGGCAUAUGAUAGACAAGACUGGUUUGGCACAUCUCCCGGAUACUAUGUUCGCUCACUUAGAUGUUCCACUUAUAUCUGCAUUUGUUGAGCGAUGGCAGCCUGAUACUAGCUCCUUUCACUUGCCGUUCGGGGAGAUGACUAUUACGCUGCAUGAUGUGUGGCAUAUUCUCCAUAUACCAGUCGAGGGAGAUUUAAUUUCUGGUGAUCCUGAUAGACUUCAGCUCCAGGCUGCUUGUGCAAAGAUUUUAGGUAUUAGUACAGAGAGACUAUUAGAUGAGGGAAUGAAGCAUUUGGCUCAGGGAGGGAUUUUGAUUGACUCGGUGAUCAAUUUGUGCGGUUGGAGUCGGGGUCGGACAACUGAGAUUGAGGCCAUAGCAUGGAUUUGGCUAACUCUAGGCUGCACCUUGUUUGUUGAUAAGAGUGGACACAGAAUUAGACCGGCAUGCCUUUGGGAGGUGAGAGAUGGAUUGACAGAUGCGUCUUCUUACUCGUGGGGCUCCGCUACACUGGCGUACUUGUACCGUCAGCUAGGAGUGGCUUCCAGAGGAGAUUGUCAUGGUUUGUCUGGAUGCAUGACAUUACUCCAGACAUGGAUUUAUGAGUACUUUCCAUGCUUUCGACCUCAGCGAGAGCGGAUGAUUAUCGGUGUCGAGAUUCCUCGAGCUUGCAGUUGGAGCGUAUCAGUUACAGAGAACGCGGAUAGCCGGCUUCAGGCGUUGCGUGUCCGUAUAGACCAGCUAACUGCGGAUGAGGUGGCGUGGCUGCCUUUUGGUGUCGACCCUGCUAUCACUGUUCAGAGGACUGCAUACAUUGGUUGGAUACGGCACAGGGACAUUUUAGAGCCAUACAUGCCUAGCAGGGUUUUGCGUCAGCUCGGUUAUGUGCAGAACAUACCGCCUCCUAUUUUACGGCCCAUGAAGGCUGUCAGGUCGUGGAGAUCGCUUAAGUACGCGGUGGAGAUGCCUGACGUUGUUGCGAGUGACAGUUGGCGUACUUUUCCUUACAGUUACAUACUUCCUUUCACGUGCUUCGAACGAGUGACUGUUAUUCCUGGAGCAUGUGUUCCACAGUACAUGGAGUGGUAUGCCCGAUAUUCGCAUCCUCGACUUCUUAACAUUGAUGUAGCAGCUCCACGAAGUCGUCCUUCUCGUUCCAACAAUGAUUAUUGGGUUACUCGUAUGACUAGCUUGAGCCAGAAAUAUAUCGCCGGUGUCAGUACGAUUAUUGCGCAGCAUAGUGAGCAUUGCAGGGUAGAUGGCAUUGUGGAGUUGGAGCAGCUGACAGCUGAGCAUGCCUCUGAGUUGAAGCAAGCCAUGGAAGAGUGGCGGUUGGCUGAUUAAGAUUGUUGUAUUUUAUACUCUGUUAUGUAUUAUAUUUUUUUUUAUUGUACUAUGUUAAAUAUUAUGUUUUUUGUUAUGUAUUUUGUAUUACAUA